AUGAAGGCAAGCACGGCAAAGACAGAAGCGGCGCACGGCAAAGAAUCAAAUGACGGCAAAGUACAAGGAAACCUCACGGCAAAGAAAGGAAGACGGCAAAGUCCCUACGUGCCGCACGGCAAAGAAACCAAGCACGGCAAAGAAACCAAGCACGGCAAAGGCACUGGGCAUUGCCGUGGCUCGCCCCUUUGCCGUGCGGACAGCUCGUUCCAGUAUGAAGACUCGUCGCAGAGACCGCCACGUGGGUACUCGAACAUCCUUGGGGGCCUACUUAGAUGGUAUUUCCCUGGGAUAGUCAAUCUCCCUACUGGUGGCUGCGACGUAGCUUGGAGGUGGGCGCACUACAGCCUCGCGGAAGAUCCUCUUGGCCGCGGCACCGCGGCGGAUUUGGUUGUUGCCAAAUUCUGGAAAUACUUCAAGAGGGCCGAGGGCAAGGAGAAUGCGUGCGAUGAUGUCCUACACCAGCUUGCAAGGAAGAGGGUGACUGGCAUGCACUACGAGGCACGUGUUCAAUGCGUCCGUGACUGGCACGCCGACCGCUUCGUCCACAUGACUAAGGAGGACGCUCGCGACACGCUCAUGCAGCCGUGGCAGUACUUGCAGAACCCUCCUCAGUACGUCGGCAACGACGAGAGGUGCUUUCUUGCGAUGGUCAUGUGGUGGACAUGCCCCCAGUACCUGAAGAAGCACGAGGAGGGCAAGAAGAAGCGGGCAGAGAUGCGAGGUGGAUCGCAUAUCCAAGGCAGCAUCCCCAUCUCUCUUCACCUGCAGAAGGAGGAAGUCAGGACAGGAGCGAAGCCUAACGUCUUUGCCGUGCUAAAGAAGAUGAAGCAAAGGAAGACGCCUGAUCCUGAGACGGGGUCCGUGUGGGUUAACCCGCAAUCCGAGACCCAGUGCACGUCGUAUGUCUCCAAGUUCAAGCAGAAGUACGGCGAGGACGCCAACCCAGAGGCCGAGGACUUUGACCCUGAGGUCGCGGUGCUUGCGGGAGAAGGCUUGAAGCAUGGCCGCCUAUGGUUUGGUGACGGGUGCGUCGACCCAGCGAAGGUUCCCUCUCUCCGCCAGAUCCGUCGUGGUCGUAAGAGCGGCCAGCCUGAGGUAGAGCCCCGGCCACGGGCUUCGGAUCUAGCUGUCGAGCGGUUACGGGAGGAGAUGGCAGCGAAGGAGCAGGCGGCCCAGGAGCAAAGGGCACAGAUGGAGCAACAGAUUCUGGAGUACCAGCAGCAGCAGACACAGAUGAUGCAGCAGAUGCAACAGCAGCAGCAGAUGAUGCAGUAG